UGUGCCAUUGUUUUAAAGAAUGGUUAUGGUACAACUGAAAUAGAAUCAGUCUGCAUAGGAGAUCCGUCUACAGACAAAUAUUCAGGAAAACCUGUCGAACAUGUCGAAGUCAAAAUUGUCGACAAAGACGGAAACGUACUCCCAUUUAACACUAAAGGAGAAAUUCUGUGUAGAUCUCCAUACGUAUUUCUCGGCUAUUGGGAAGACAAGGACAAAACUGACGAAGUGCUGGAUAGUUCCAAAUGGUAUCAUUCCGGUGAUAUCGGUAGCAUGGACGAAGACGGUAACAUUUGCGUAACUGGAAGAAUUAAGGAUCUUGUCAUAAGAGGUGGUGAAAAUAUAUAUCCUCAAGAAAUCGAAAAUUUACUUAUUAAACACCCUGCUGUCUCCGAAGCAUACGUUGUGGGAGUUCCAGAUAUAAGAAUGGGAGAAGAGUUGUGCGCCUGCAUUCAACUGAAACCUAAUCAAGGAAUUAAAGAAAAAGAUGUUAAAGAAUUCUGCAAAGACAAGAUAAGCAAGUUCAAAAUCCCAAAAUACAUCGUAGUCGUUGAAGAAUUUCCGAAAACGGAAAGCGGAAAAAUUCAAAAGUAUAAGCUUCAAGAACAAUGUACAAAAUUACUGAAAUUAUAAUUACGAGAUCGUUUUAUUUUUAAAACGUAUAUUUAAUUGGAAUGUGUUUAUAUCAAAUGAACGAUGUU